AUGAGUGUACAGGCAGAGCGCGAUGAGCUGCUGCUGUAUGCCCUGCAACACCCACCGCCGAACGUCAGACUCAAGCUACCAGACGGCUCUGCGUCACUCGAGCACAUCGAUCUUACAAGCUGCCCGAGUCCAACUGCCCUCUACGCCGAGGCUGAGAAAGCAGCGCGGCAUGCCAAGCGAAAGAAGGUGCCAACAUUCGAGCUCGAUAUGACGAAGUUCUUCACCUUCCUCGGCGGCAGCAGUGGCUGCGUCGAGCGAGUCAGAAAUGCGUCAUCAGCGAGCCUCAGCAAGCACUCGCACUCCCUUUCAGUGCCCUCAGCGAAUGCGGAAACGAGGCCCGAUGCGUCAGAUACAAAUGGCGAGCCGCAUUCACCCAGCGACAACCUCUUCCCUCCUCCCGAUACGCACGGUGACAGCGAUGUCCCCCAGCUGGCGGCAUCAGAGCAGUCGUCACCACGCCCUGGGCAGCCACCCACGAGAGAGGAGAGCAGCACCGCUCAGGAAAACAAGGGAUUCUUGGGGUACUUCAUGGGCGCCUUAAAAACCUUGGGCAACAUGGGAGGGACCGCUGCUGGGCCCGUCCACGCUCGGACGGGCUCCGGUCGCCCUGCAUCGAUGGCGAACGGUACCUCUACCUCCUCGGCUGAGAAAGGGAAAGGUGUGCCACUCGUCACCGCCACGGGCAGCAGCAGAGGCAACAUCUUGGCAUCUAUGCUAAAGCCGCUGACCUCCAUUCAAGGCACGCAGCCGAGCUCUCCUGCGGCGAGCCAGUCAGUAACUGCCAAGGAGGAACCCAAUAUCUCCGGUGUAGCGCGGCGGAUCGAGCGGGUACGUAUCCCACUCUGUGGCACUACGCCGGGCACCAUCUCGUCCAACAUUGAGACUCAGCUUGGUCUCCUCUUGGACACCACGGAGGGGCAACGCAAGACAAACGAGGAGACGACAGCGGCUGCCUUCAACCCCCCACGCCCGCCACACAUCCAACUGUGCGAGGUGAUCGACAGCGCACCUCUGGCGCCGUUCCUCGACACUUUGCCCAUCUUUGCCUACGAGAUCCUCCUCAUGGCCACCGGUGUGCUGCUCACGAAGAAUGGGGACACGUACGCGCGAGAGCUGGAAAACGUCUACCGACGUGUUUUCAACAUCACCGACGAGCAGCACGCACGGUCACUGGCCAACGUUACCCCACCCGCCUUGCGGCGUGUGCUUGACAAUAGAGACACAGUGGCGAAAGCGGAACGCCGUCGGUAUCUCUCGGAGCUGCGCCCUGAUGCAUCCACGUUCCGGCUACUCUGCGACAACUCCAACGAUGACGACUUUGUGAGUCGCGCGGAGCAGCUGCAGAGCAUAAUUGAACGCUACCCGGACUUACCGGGCGACACUCAAGUCCCCCUCUCCCUACGCUCCAUGGUGUUCGCUGCUUGUCUCAUCCCAAUGUACCAGCUGGACCUCAGCACCCUCAGCCCCAUCUACAGCGAGAGGGACGUGACAAGUUGUCUCGCGGCGCUACGGGAGUACAUUGGCAUUCUGCCGCAGACAGAGCGCUUUUGCCACCUGCAUGCGCAGCUGCUGGCCAACGACAAGUGCGGCAGCGGCGAGGCACAGACGGUAUUUCUUAAGGACGUGGCGCGCGCCGUCAGCCGCCACGACACCUCCAGCAUCGCCAACGCGACGCUGACGCCGGCGGUGAAGUAUGCCUAUUACGUACUGCAAGAGGCCUUCUGCUUGUCAGCCGUGCCGAUGCCGUGGCUCGACUCCAGCUUCUCACUCGACAUGCAACGCAGUGCGACGGCAGCGUUCAUCGAAACAUGUCUAGCCCUGCCGCCGUGCAUGCCGUGCGCGAUGGUGCUCGUCGAUGAUACGCCCGUGAUGCCUCCCAGCUCGAGCAGCCAGGACAUUCUGCUGGCGUUCAUGGAGGUCUUCGUUAACUCUGGCGUGUUCCGCAGUUACGCCGAGCUGGUGGACAAGGCGGAUGUGCACUGCCUCUCCGCCGCGAAGCUGUUCCAGCGGGUCGGCAACAACCUUGACACGAAGCAAAAGGCGUACUGCCACAUGCUCACCCGCAGCUUCCCACUCGCCAGCAUGCUCCUUCUGCCUGGCCGACUGCGCAUCGGCGCCUACGUCCUUCUCACACAGCACUGGGGCGGUCUCUACCCUGAUGCCACCAACAACGUGCCUAAGGACUUCAAGACAUCCCUUGAUGCCUUCCUUGACUACUUGCUGGACGGCUGCGACGGCGAGUGGCGCACAAGUGAGAACGAGGCGCUGUGUGUCCUGCUGAUGCGUGCUACCCAGAGGUACUUAGCUCCGAUAGGCACGCUGACUCAGUACGACGAGGCCGCGCACUUGCAGUUUGCUAAGCAGCUUAUGGAGGAAAUCUCACCGCAGUGGGCAGAUGCGGUGGAGCGCGCAAACGCGCCAUUAGGUGAUGUGAUGCGGUAUGUGCGAGCCGUCUUUGGCGCGCCGCGGCCACCACCGCUUGGAGGCGAUCCCGCAGCCCAUCAAUACGCCCGCGUGUGCAGUUGGCUCGACAUUGUGACAGCGCUGACAGGAAAGUGCUUGGAGGGAUUUCCUACAGCUGCCGCGGCUGCCCCGAGCGAUAAAAUGCCGGCUCUGGCGGCCGAGAGUAAGCGUGUGAGCACUCUCUCUGCGGAGCUGCGCGGGUACCCGACGCUUCUCUCCAGCGGCGUACAACGCCUGCACAGCCUUGUGCGGGUGCAGGAAGGCUUCGACGAGUGUCUUGCGCGUUCGCAGCGACAAUACGACUUGGUGCGACGUGUUACAGGGGCGCCACCGAUGCUGACAGCCGAGAUUACCGAGAAGAUCCAGAGCAACCUUUAUAGCGCGGUACUGAAGCUGUGCGACAGCCUCAGCAUUUACAUUCUCACACAGGAUACUGUCGUGUACUUGAUGUCUAAGUUCAUGCAGCUGGAUGCGAAGCAGUACAAGUCGAUGAAGCGUAACGCCGCCAACUCAGAGGACUUCCCCAUGCCCCGCAUCUACCCCGCCGUAACGAUGCGGCGCAUUCUCGACGAGGUGCGUUCCGUGUUUGACCGCGUGUGCAACAUCAUCGACUAUGCGCCGGCGGUGCGUCAGCUGCACUACCGACUCGGCCACAAUUUUACUGCGGGCCUCUUCGCCGUGUACGUAGAUGGCCCCGAGCUGUUUUUCAACUCCGCAGAUGCACCGCUCAUCCUCGCCGACCUCGACUCCGUGCGUGACUACUUUUUUUCGGGGAAACCGGACCAGCAUGACACACCGCUCGUGGAGGGGGAGUUUGGACGCACAUUUCAGGGCGCGGAGCUGCUGGAAAAGCUCUACAGCGUCGUGCAGUACGUCAUGUCAAAGCCGUCUUCUGAGCUCGUCACUGGCGGCGUUGGCGUGCCGCCGCUGCACAGGCUUCCUGAGUGUUCCGACGACUCGCCGUGGUGCCAGUAUGUUGUCCGCCGCGUGCUGGAGCACCGAAAAGGCUUCAAGAGCAGUGUGUGGGACAACUACAAGGCGCUUAUGCGGGCUAUAUAG